GCGGGCUCCCCCACGAUCCGCCGCCUGCCCGGCAAGUCUGCACGCCCGGUUCCAAAUCGCGGGUUGCGGGUUGCUGAGAGCUGAGAGUCGAGACUCCUCCGCGAUUCCUGAACCGAGUUAUGCCCAUUGCGACAAGGUGACUUAUCGUCGGCUAACAAGAUGGUGUUCAUCCUGGGAGUCAACUUCAAUGAGCACAAGCUCGUCCAGAAAGCUCUCGAGAGCUUCUACGGCCUAGGCCAGCAGGCCUCUGCCCGCAUUCUCGCAAAGUAUUCGAUCCACCCGCGCGCGAAGAUGGGCACCCUCCCGCCCAAGAUCGUCACUGCCCUGACGGCCGAACUGUCGACCAUGACAAUCGAGAACGACGCCAGGAGGCUGGUGCUGGACAACAUCAAGCGCCUCCGUGAUAUGGGUACCUACCGCGGUCGUCGCCAUGCCAUGGGUCUGCCCGUGCGCGGUCAGCAGACGAGGAACCAGAUCGCCAACGCCAGGAAGCUCAACAAGAUCGAGCGCCACGGUUGAGCGAGUCGAUGACGGUAAUGGUGACGGGAACCUUGGAGAAUACCAUGACGUCUGGAUAUUUCUGGAGCAAUUCUGCUACGCGACAUUUGCUUCGAUAGCUGUCGGACCAUGGGAUCGAACGCAUGGACAGAGAAGAAAGAGAUGUGCCUGACGUGGCUCGGCUGGGUGUUGUCGAGCUUUUAGAGCAGGCAGGCAGGCAAAAUCAGUGUACGAUACGUCAAGCCAGAACGAAGACACGCUGGGACGCAAAAGGAAUCAGGCGCGGCGUUGUAGAGCAAUUCAUCGGAUCAAGUCAAAACACGGGCAACUUUUUGCUUAUUGACUCGAAUCACGACAGACAUUUAUGAUACCCAAUUCCCGAGUCUAUAUGCUAGCCAGAUCUUGUGUCUUUAUAUAAGCAGCUUGCCAUCUGCAGGCUCAUCUUGGAGCUAUCUACGCUGCCACAAAACUUUGCGGAAACACGG